UGGAAGGAAAUAGGUGGCGUUUUAUUUAUGACAAAGAUGGAAGUGGUAUUGUAUAAUUCUACGGUUUGUAGAUUAUGCGGAGAAGAAAAUGAUAAUGGGUCUUUAUUAUAUUCUAGUGAUGUAAAUAAUCAAACCUUAGGGGACAUUAUUAAUAGUUAUUUGCCAGUCAAGGUAUCGGAUGAUGGUCAGUUACCCAGAACUAUUUGCCCAGGAUGUACAAUACAGUUAGAAGCAACUGUAGAGUUCUUGAAUCUCAUCACAAAAGGACAGAAAAUACUUCGAGAACUAUACCAGAGAGAGAAAGAUUAUAAGAAGUCUUGUGGUAAUGCCAUCAAAGAAACUGGAUUUAUUACUGAAAAUAUUGUAUAUGAAAUAAACACAAGCAAUGGAAUAUAUCACGUGGAACAUCCAAUUGCGUUACAAAUCGCUGGAUUGGAGAAACCGAAACGUAAACGGGGACGGCCGCCCAAGAAGAAAAACACUGAAGAUUUUGGAGAUGAAGAGCCUAUGGCAUUCCAAAAGUUUGAUGCAACAAUCGUAUUGAAAGAAGAACCUACACCGGGGAAGAGACAAAGAAAAACUCCAACGAGAUUCAAAGAAGCUGUCCAGGGCAAAGAAUUAGAAAGAAUAUUCAUAGAAGAAGGGGUGAUUGAUGAGGAAGACAGUGAGAAUGACAAUAAACCUGAUAUAAAUAUUGAGCAAAAAUAUCCAGUACCAAAGGAACCAGAGGUUAUUGGUCACAUGGAGAACUCUGGAGAGUUAGUUGUGGUUGUCAAGGGCAAAGGACGCGGUCGACCUAAAGGUAGCACAAUGCAGGUGCGCGAGUCUGUGUGCGCGCAGUGCGGCGCGUCGUUCUCGUGCGCUGGUCGGUACAUGGCGCACGUUGCACAGCACACCCGUCCGCCCAACCAACAAAGUCUCCAAAAUCAAACCAAGAUCGAAACAACGACUCCAGAACCAACUACAGAUUCAAAUGACCUGGCGUCAGUUGAGAAAGUGAUAGACAAUGUAAUGAAUAGCAAUAGUUUACCUGACCUGAAUCCACUUCUACCAGAUAAUACCACAGAUCCAUCUCUAACUAUAGAAUUAAAACCAGAGUCCACGGGAAAAAAUGAAGAAGUUGAUGAAAAUGCCAUCGUCCUCGAGGAGAUUCCUCUCGGGCAAGAGGAACCUGACACUAUUUUGCCAGACGUGAAACCUAGGAUCAAGUGUAACCACUGCGAUAAGACAUUCGCUUCUAAACAGAGCAAAUCUUUACAUAUAAAGGCAACGCAUCAAGGCGACCGUCCUCACGAGUGCGGCGAGUGCGGAGCUCGGUUCGCGUACCCGCGCUCGCUCGCACUCCACGCAGUCUCGCACCGCAAGACUCGCGCCGCGCGUGGAUAUGCCUGCGACCUCUGCGGGAAGGUUCUGAACCACCCGUCGUCGGUGGUGUACCACAAGGAGGCUGAGCACGCGGGCCAGCGGUACGUGUGCAACAAGUGCGGCAAGUGCUUCAAGCACAAGCAGCUGCUGCAACGACACCAGCUUGUGCACUCGCAGCUGCGGCCCUUCACCUGCAAAGUGUGCCCAGCGUCGUUUAAGACGAAAGCGAAUUUAGUCAACCAUCAACUUCUACAUUCUGGCAUCAAGAAGUUUGCUUGCGAAAUAUGCAAGCAACGCUUUGCACACAAAACUAGUCUCACACUGCAUAUGAGAUGGCAUACAGGGCAAAAACCGUUCACGUGCAGCGUCUGCGGCAAGAGUUUCAGUCAGAAGGGCAACCUGUCGGAGCACGCGCGCAUCCACACGGGGGAGAAACCGUACGCGUGCUCGCUGUGUCCGCGGCGGUUCACCACCUCCUCGCAGCACCGCCUCCACGCGCGCCGACACGUCACGCUCGGCCGCAACCACCAGCGGCUCCUCGCACCAAUUGACGGUAACUUCUUCUCCUCACACUUACGGCAUUUUCUGCUCCUCGAACCGACCACCGGUAACCUCUUUUAUUCACCAUACCAGUUUCCGCACCUCACAGCUACCGGCAAUUCCCUCAUCUACUCACACCGACAGCAGCCGUACACACUGGCGGUAACCUCUUCUUCUCGUACCCACCAGCAGCCUCUGCUUUUCAUACCCACGGUGGACUCCGCCCCUCGCAGCUACCAGGAUAACCUUCUCUCCUUACAACUACGCCAGUUCCCGCCGCAGUCGGCGUCGCCCGUGCAGCGGCGCGAGGCGGCGGCCGGCGCGGUGUCCGGUGCGAGUACUGGCGCCAGUAGUGGAGCGAGUGCGGCGCGGCGACACGAGUGCGGCGAGUGCGGGCGCUCGUUCUCGGAGCGGUGGGCGCUGGCCAAGCACCUGCGGCGACACACGGGCGAGCGGCCCUACCGCUGCCCGCACUGCCCGCGGGCCUUCGCCGACUGCUCCAACCUCAACAAGCACAAGAAGCAAGUGCAUAAACAAAUGAGUCUGCUGGUGAACGGCAACAGGCCCCCGGCGGUGGCGGCGCCCGGCGUGGAGCCGCCCCCGGGGGCGGAGCCCGAGCUGCAGGAGCGCGUCAUCUACGUCACGUACGACGUGGACGCGCCGCACUCUCCCGCCUACCACAUACUGGAGCCCGAACAGGCGGCGAGUUUGAACAACGGCAAAAUGUUAACGACAUGCGAUCUGUACUCGGGCACGUCGCUGCUGGUACAGCACUCGGAUCUGGAACAACAGGCCGAACUCGUGAACGAACCUGCCCUAGAUCAGUUCGUGCACAAACAGGAAGGGAUCGUGAAGGAUGAACAUAUAGCUGUAACGGACGAGCAAGGAAACCCGCUGCACUUCACGAUGCAGGACGGCACUCAACUCGCCAUCACCUCCGUAGACGGCAAAUCAUUACAGGUCGUGACACAAGAUGGCCAGACUAUUCCCGUAGAGAUAAACGGUUUCGAGGACGAAGAGGUUGAGCAGGUGGAGACUCCCGAAGCAAUAGUUCAGCAGUUGAGUAUACAGAAGACUAUGGAGAACAGCGCCGCACCGGUCACACAUUACUUCACUAUAGUUUAACGAAUAUACAAAGUAAUUCCUAGAACAAUCUAUUUAGAUAGCUCUUUCGAUAUUGCAAUAAAAUUAAAGAUAAAUGGAACUGCGUACCUCAUAAUAGGAAUAAAAGGCUGAUGUUUCAUAAUUGUUUAGAUAGCUUGUUAAUAUUCUGCUAUGCCUUUUUUCUAUUGAAUUUCAAUAAUUUUAUGAAUGUUAUAUCUGUUUUAAUAGAUAGAUAUUAUAUAUCGAACUCUUUUGCCUAUAAUGUAUCUUCAGUAAAGGUUUUUACGUAUUUUUUACUAAUUGAUUAUUUUAUAAUUUAUAUGGAUCUCUUCAGAAUUUACAUUUAACACAGUGAUAUUACUAAUAGUUGAUUAA